UCGUCGCGAUAUGUUGCUUAUAUUUUUACUGCAAUUUCUCGCGGUGCAAUGCAAAAUUCACGUUCAAAUCGUGCCACAGAGUAAACAUCAGGACGCGACAGUUGUCGCUUUCGGAUCAGAGAUGGCGCUAGUGUCGGAUUUAGAAAUCGAAACGUUCCGUUUGACAGAUUCCGAAAUAAAAUGCAGGUUAUCCAUUGCAGAUAUAUCACCACCGGAUUAUGUACACGUAAAACGCGCUUCGUAUUAUGGAUAUCGUGAUAUUUAUACAAUUCUGAAGCCAACCGCAGCAAAGGUAAUCGGUUUUAAAAAGAAAACCGUGGUUAUGUAUUUUAAAGAGCUUAUCAACAACAGUUCCGUGCCAGCUUCGUUCAAAAUGGGUUUACGAGAGGACAUUGUUGAACGAAUGAGCGUCCGUUGGUCUGCAAACGAAGACAUAUCUGUCGGUAGAGAUUUAAACAUAAACUUUUCUAACCGCAUGAAUUAUGUAACUAGUUGGGAUACAGAAGAGAAGGAGAUGAAAGCCCGAACGAUGUCUGCUACUUCUGACGUAGAACUAACGUUACAACCUGGUCAGAAUGCUACCAUAACCAUGCAAGCUAUACGCGCACGUUUAGAUGUAAGCAUAGAAUAUGCUGCUAUGCUCGCUGGAGAUAUUUAUUGUCAAUAUGCUAUCUUCUUUAUACCGUUCAGUGGUAGAGUUUUUGAUGUCAACGAGUAUUUGAAUAUGAUGCGUUUGCCAAGCGUUAUAGUUGGUACACAAUAUGUGUAUGUGGAUUAUAAUUAUGGUGGACAAGUUAUUGUAGAAGAUGACAGCGGGGCACUCAUGAUGAAGCCAAUAGAAGUUGUAUAAGUUAAGAAGGCAGUGAAUCAUACGAAUUUAUACGCACCUAUUAUGAUGCAGUGCUUUGCUUAGUGCAGUUAAUAAAUUUUUCACGAAAAAACCGAUUUCAAACAGUAUUUAUUUAUCGUGGUACCACCUCUGAAAUAUCUUCCUUGUAACAAGAAAAUAAUCAUUAAAAUCGGUUCAUAAACGACGAAGGUGUUCGCGAACAUACAAAAAAACAAUUAUUUGUGGGUAUAUCGAUGUUCCUCCUCGACUUUAUAUAAGCGCACAUUAUAAGAGCGCAACGAAGGGGGUUACAUUUUUUAUACUUUUAUAACCCAUGAGCAUCCUCAUAAUGUCCACGUAAUCAAACAUUACGUUUAGCUUUUAAAUGACCGCAACAAUUAUUGCAGACAUGGUUUCAUAAUAAUGCGCUCGAUUAAAAGGCGCUGCUAAGCGAUUUUUUAUUAAGUUAGGAGGCAAACGACCAAACGGGCCACCUGAAGUAGAGCAACUACA